CGCCAACUUUCAACAUCUUCAAACGACGUAUUCGCAAUGGCCGCUGAACAGAGAAAGCUGCUCGAGCAGCUCAUGGGCGCAUCUUCAACAUCGCGCGCCGCUCAACUAUCGCUCACCGACCCUAAAGUCUGUCGAUCAUAUCUCGCAGGCACCUGUCCACACGAUCUCUUCACAAACACAAAGCAGGAUAUUGGACCGUGUCCGAAGGUGCACAAUGAAGGGUUGAAAGCGGAGUACGAUGGUCUAUCGGAUCGGGAGAAGCAGAAAUACGGAUUUGAGUACGACUAUAUGCGCGAUCUGCAAAAGUAUAUCGAUGACUGUAAUCGCCGAAUCGAUGCUGCACAGAGACGAUUGGAGAAGACACCUGAUGAGAUUCGCCAGACCAAUGUUCUGCUCAAAUCUAUUUCCGACCUCACAGCUUCCAUCAACAACGGCCUCCUGGAAGUCGAAAUCCUAGGCUCAAUGGGCGAAGUCUCGCGCGCUCAAGACGAGCUCUUUCGCGUCCGUCAAGCCUCACAAUCCAAAUCCGACCGCGAAAAGGAACUCAAAGCCCUCUCCGACACAUCUGGUCCCUCAGGCCACCAGAAGCUACAAGUCUGCGAUGUUUGUGGUGCCUACCUCAGUCGACUCGACAAUGACAGACGCCUGGCCGAUCACUUCUACGGAAAGAUGCAUCUGGGAUAUGCACAGAUGAGGAAGACGUACGAUGCUUUCCCUAAGGAGAUGAAGGGCCGAUCGAGGGCGCCUAUGGAUGACGAUGGACCUGGUGGACCCCGAGGACCUCGAGGUUCAGGAUAUAGGAGCGGCCGCGGCGGAAGGGGAUACCGUGGAGGAUGGUAAUCAAUGUGUAAUUAUUUAUUGGGAUGUUCAGGCGUUUGGCGCUGUGUAUAAAAUGGACGGAAAUAAGAAUGAAAGAGUUGGCGGAGAGCAGGAUAAUACCCUUUCUAGAAAAGCAGCUCAGCGCCAAAA